GCAAGUCGCCAGGGCCUUUUCGAGGCCUCCUCCCAGCCUUCCCUCCUCGCUCCCCUUCCCCUCUCUUUCAUCCCAGCAUCUACCGCGAGCGACCGUCACACUCAGUUGUCGGGUUUGGCGCAUUACUGACCGCGGUCGUCGGUCAUGUCUGGGGCGAGACUGCCCGCAGUACGCCUGCCAUCCGUCAUCGCAGGACAAGGGGCCGACGAAGAAAACCUCGGAGAGAGUCCCGUGGUGGUGAGCCUACCGCCGUCGAACAGGUUCGGGUUCGCAUGGCCUACCGAGGCUACUACCUCGGUUCCGUUGCCGCUAGCGACCGAGCGACCAGCUGGUGUCUCGUUCAGCUCCUCAGAAGGUGAGACCGACAUAUCUGAAGAGGAGCUGAGCCGCCCGACCAGAAGAUCCGCCAAGUCUGCAGACGGAGAGGAGUCCGAGUUCGUUACGCCGACCAACCACUUGGACUCGGACCAGAACCCCAUGGAUCAGACGGCGCAGCCUCCGCUCCCCCGCUUGUCCAGAGCAUUUUCCAUGCCCCUUCCUUCUCAACUUGGGCCCCUUAGGAAUCCACGGCGCAUCACUUCAUCCCCCGAUAGCGACGACAUAACCACUGUCAUCGAGUUGCCCCCGGAGUAUGCUCACUUCCAUGAGCUCUCACUCGAGCUCGCAGACUCUGUGCAGAUGGUCAUACAGACGUUACUCCAACUCUCGCCUCCUCAGGUCCUGGAUCCCGCCAAGGAGCAAUUCUCAGCAUGCUCGCUCUCAAUUCCGACGCCUUCCGUAUCUGCUAUGUUUACAUCUAUGAAGAAUCUAAAUUACAUGUCCGCCAACAUGUCGGCUCUUAGUCUCGACCCUCCUAUCCAACAGGCAACCACUGCAAGUGGUCGCCUUAGUAUGCCGUUGUCGUGGAAUGACUUCGACAUCGGCGAGAUGUUGCAGAGUGCGGGUGAUGCGUUGAGCGGGGUGGCCGCUCAAGCUGGAGUCGACCUCGUGUUGUUCCAUGGCGACCUAGGAAUGAAGCACGUUGGCGUGAAGGGUGAUGAAAGUGGACUUUCAUAUACCUUGUCGCAUGUUCUACGUCAACUUAUAGCCACAUCUCGCCCGGGGGACACCAUCGAAGUAGGCUUAUUUAUUGUCGCUGCGCCAGUCUCAACCAACGGCACGGACGCAGGACGCGUGUCCCCCUCUGUCGAUUCGGAAAGUCCACUGCGGUGUACAUUCCAGAUCGCGCACAGGACAGCAUCUGUGACUUCGACGUAUUCGGGCGACGCGGGUGAGUCCGACGCUGGCAGCGUGCCUCCGUCCCCUUCCGCCUCCUUCCAACUACAACCUUCCUUCAAGAGCCUUUUCCUGCGACGUCUGUUGAGCCAUGUUGGUGCAACUCUGGAGUUGAAUGUUCAGCCAAAAGGGGCAUCACCGGCGGGGCGUCUUUGCGAGUUGACCGUUACCCUGGACCGUGGCUCACCAGCUGUCGUCAAUCCGACUGUGAGCGGAGUCGCCGAAGAAGCAUUCCCUGGUUCACCGGAGUUCAAGAUUUCGCACGAACCAACACUAGAGCAGUUGACACAGUUCGCUGAGUCGCUACGAGGGCACAAGGUGACGCUGUUUGCAAACUCGAAAGGGGCAUUCGCGCAGCAUCUCACAAGUUACCUCACUGCUUGGGGGUUGGACGUCAGCCAUGUAUCGACAGAGCCGGACGCAGAUACUCUCCCCGAGCAUACAGAGGGGAGCCCUCAAUCUGCGUCAUCUGGCGGGGUGGGGAGAGAUGAUGCACCGUCUUCGGCGGAUCCAGAGCAGCCCGCUGGGCUCGCUCCUCCUCCUUCUGGUAUCCCUGGGCUAGAGCCGUUGUCGUUCUAUCUCAUUGAUGACGACGUUUCUGUCUUGCGGGAAAAGUUACAGAAGGUCAGGGCAGAGUUAGCCUACCCGUUGCACCUGAACACGCGAAAACGACCAUCGCUUGCAAAUCACCAUCGUCCACGUUCCUCACCACAGGUCGCUCGUGUCAUGGGGUUCACUCCUGCGAUGAGUGCACCUAACGCUCCCCCGCCUGUCAUCGUCUACUUCACCUCACUCUCCAAGUUCAAGCUGGUCAAGGAUGCUAUCCAGUCGGUGCUCUCGCCUGGCAUGGGCACCACGUCUCGGCUACCCGAAAUCAUUGUCAUCCCCAAGCCUGCAGGGCCACGUCGCGUUUUGACGGCAUUACACACGGCCAUUACGAAGCCCGUCGUGGAUCCUUUCUUCUACCCUACCGCCACCUCCCCCAUCAGUCCUGGCUUCCACGCCAUGACGCCUUUCUUCAACACACCAAACGCCGCUAGAUCUCCCGGUGGCAGGUCAACCACGAGCAUCCGAACGACGUCUGACAAGUCCGCCAGGUCGCCGAAAGAACACGGCCCGUCGUCGCCACGAGGCGUAUCGGACACGAUGGAGUACUUCUCGGAUGCGGCUGCCAAGCUGGGAACCUCGCCUGCAUCCGGCCUCGUCAUUCAAAGUCCUGACGGUCAACCAGCAGGUAUAUUCUUCCAUCCGAAGCCGAAGGGCUCGGGAAGCAGGAGCAAUCUACCGACACCUGCGUCUGAACGGGGUGUGUCGCCUUAUGAGCACUCGGGGCGCAGUCGUGGGGUAUCGUUCCGUCGACCAUCGGACGAGGCAAGUCUGGGUGUUGGUGCCUCCGAGGUCUCGCGACGUAAUACGCGUCCGGCCAUGCCGGAAAGUACGGACUCUGAAGAUCGUGAGGGUCGGACCCUAUCACCUAAUGGCAGACGCAAAUCCGUACCUGCAAGCGAGACCCUGCCGCCGUUGUCAAUAGAGAGCCCCAUCUCUGCUGGCGUCGUGGCUACAUCACCCGCCCCAGAGCCUUCGCCGUCCACGUCUGCAUCGUCGAGGAACUUAUCUCGCAAGGGCGGUCAAGUCGACCCCGUUCUUCGACACGCACCCGACCAGCCAGGAUCUCCAUCUCGCGCAACUGCAUCGCCGUCUACACGUAGACCCCGGCGCAAUUUGGAUAGCCCGGUCCUAAAUAUCCCAGUGCAGAAGAAGGGCAAGCCCAGUGAUACGAACAUCGUGCCGCCUAUCAGUGUGCUCAUCGUCGAUGGUGUGUUGUACGUGUGCAGAUAAUCCGAUCAACCAGACGAUUCUCUCCACCUUCAUGAAGAAAAGAAAAUCAAGUUUGAUGUCGCGAAGAACGGAGAGGAGGCUGUGGCGAAGUGGCAGACGGGGGCUUCCAUCUGGUCCUCAUGGACAUUCAGAUGCCGUCAUGGAUGGUAUCGAGGCACCAAGCAAUCCGGCGAAUGGAGAAGUUCAAUGCACGGGGGCCUUCCCAUCGACACCCCAAUCUGAAGGUCAGCGGACACCGUCAGAAGCCUCGCUCAGCGAGUCACGGUCGUCGACGAUGUCAACUCCGCCGUACCGGUCGUCGGUGAUUAUCGUCGCCCUCACGGCGUCCUCGCUGCAAAGUGACCGAGUGGCCGC